AUGAUGAAUCCACCGCCGUUUCAGAUUGUGAACCAUGCUCCGUUAUUAGGUCAGUCUCAUGCUAUGAUGAAAAAUCAGCCUCCAAUGAUGAAUGUUCCAAACUUUAGCCCUAACCCUAAUUUGAUAAACCCUACUAACUAUUCUCACAAUUGGGAAGGUAAGAAGAUGGAUCCAGUCAGGAGAAUGCGUAAUUCUGGUGAUAACAGAGUGAACAAGCCUAGGGCUUUGAACGAGUUUCAGUCUCAAAACAGGAAGUUUUAUGCGAAGAAGAAGUAUGCUAAUAGAUAUGUUCCUUAUGCUCCAAGGAACACAACUUCGUUUAUUAUCCGAGCGAAGAAAUCUGGUGGCAUUACUGAUUUAGUGUCUCCAUGUCCCGUGACACCAUCGGUGUUGCCUACUCCGACAUUCUCUCCAUCCAGAGAGGUUUUAGGCGAUAUGGCGAAGGAAGAUGGGGAGUUGAUGGGUAUGGAUCAAUGA